AUGUCAUUUGUAGGAGUUUUUGACUCCAAGAAACACACUUUAAUAUGGUCCAAGAGUAUUAUGGCUCUUAGUGGGCUAUCAGAACAUAUAAAAUUUGUCAUUUCUGAUUCAAGUCUUUCAAUAGCAGCUGUCAACAGUGCUAAAACUUCCCAUGCAGAAAUUACCUUCACUAAUAGUUUCUUCGAUGAAUAUUCAGUUGAUUUCAAAGAUGUUAUGGAUGAUGGCUAUGAAAUUGAUUAUGAAAAUAAUGAUACUAGUUACUACUCGUUUAUUGUCAAUUCAAAGCAUCUAGCGACCUUAUUUCGAAAUUUAGAUGCUAAAGAUUUAGACUAUAUUUGUUUGAAGGUUUAUUGGUCAAAAACUGCUCCAGUCACAAUGCAAUUCAAAUUAUUAAUAGAAAUCAAGACUAAGAGCCUUAUUGUCAAGAAGUAUCAAACCAAUUAUCAGCCAGUAUACAAGAAUUCAGUCAACAUUGCAGCAUUAUACAAAAAGGAACUUAUUGAUAAUCAAAUCCAGAUAGAACUGGCUGACCGCAUCAAAUAUUUAAUGAUAGAGCAAAUAAUACCGAAGCAAUUCCUUGAUAUGGUUCCGUCGAGCACAGAAGAUUUCAAAAUCGAAGUUAAACCAGGUAAAACUCUGUUCACGGCGUAUACGAAACAGGUACUAAAGGAUAGAGAUUAUUUAAGACAGCCAAUGUCAGUCACUAUUUCCUUAAACCCAGAUGAUUUUCCUAAUUCAAACUUCAAAGAAGUCUUUGAGAGCGAAACUGACUACAUCUUUGGUAUUAAUUUCAGAUUGAAGGAUUUCAGAAAUUUUCUAACUUUGGCUGCAUUUAUCACUUCAUCAUUAGCUUUAAAUACUUCAGAAGAUGAUUAUGUGGAUAUUGAUAGCAACGAUUACUUUGAAAUAUUCUUUAAGAAUCCAGGUGAUCCAAUUAUCUUCGAAUUAAAAAAUGUCCCUUACGUUUCAGUUCAAUUCAUUCAAAUUACUUCGGCUGAUAAUACUGAAGAUCAACCAGUAGCUAAGAAAGUAAAGACAACAUUCGCAUUACAGUCCAACGUUGUUCAUAGAAUUUUGGGUCAAGAAAGUCAGAGAUCUAAAUCCCCUAGUGUCACACAAUCUAUUCCCCUCCCUUUGCGCAUGAUGUCUAAGUCCAUUGGUGAAGUAAUUAAUUUUACUGAAAGAAGAUUUCAACCAACUAAUGUAUCUGCUCGCCCAAACAACAACAUGAGGUCAAUGUCACGACUGAGAAGUCCUUCAAUGUCUAUUCACAAUUAUGACUCUGGAGAAGAUGUUAUAACUUAUAGAUAUGAAAGCGAACGUGUUGCAGAUCCAGAACCACAACGUCAAAAGGCCCCAACGACUAAAGCAAAACAAAAGGGUAAGAGAACGAUAAUAAACCGUGAUGCUGAUACAGAUUAUUCUGAAUCGGAAGAGGAAAAUGAUGGAAACAAGAAGAGAGAGAUUUCACUUGGUCCAACACAAUUACAAAGGCCAAAAUCGAUAUUCGAUUAA